UUCUCUUUGGUGAGGCAAGAUACGUCAUACGACAUAAUAAUAUUAUUUAAUAUUUAUGAUUAUCUGAAAGUUAGUAUAGUAAUUAAAUUAAUAGAGUUGGUAUAAUGUAAUAGAUAGAAAUUAAAAAUAUUCAAUGCUAAACAGUAUCACAAACUUUUAAAGGUUAAAUUAAAAAUGUUUACCAAGAAGGUUAUACCAUUACAUGUAUUGGCAAGAUGGUCAAUCAAAACGGCUGGUUAUGUCACUAAAGCUCCGAAACCAGAAAUACCUAAUAAUUCGUUAGCAUCUGUUUAUUCAGCUAAUGAACAGAAAAUUAAUGGAAUUGUAUAUGACAAGAAGCCGUUUAAGGUUAAGUUAGAGGCUGGGAAGAAUUAUUUGUGGUGUCUUUGUGGUCGUUCAAAAUCCCAACCUCUGUGUGAUGGGACACAUAGAGAUAUUUAUCUUAAAAUUACGCAAAGACCUAUAAGGUUUAAAGUGGAACAAACUAAGGAAUACUGGCUAUGUAAUUGUAAACAAACAAAGAACAGGCCAUUUUGUGAUGGAACUCACAAACAACCGGAGAUACAGACAGCCUCCACUAUAAGAGUGUGAUGUUCUUUCGCUAUUGGUGUAUAAUUAUAGUUUAUAGUGUAAGUAAAUAAAGUGAUAGAAAUAA